AAAUGUGGAGUUAUGAGUAAAACCACUGAGUGUGUUAUUAAAAAUCAUGAAAAAAUAGUACGUGCUAAUAAUGAAAAACUAAUAUUGUUGUGCAUCACAUGGAUUUAGAAACUCACAAAAAUCUGUAGAUCUAGAACAAUGCAACUUGGAAACAUUUUCUUUUUGGCUUUGUUGAAGACUCGGAAAUGGUGAUAUUAUAUUAGAUUGGCGUUCAUAAACAGCGUGAGAUCUUGGAAUUACAAACUUGAGCUGAAUCGGAAUCUGCUUAUAAAUUUCCCAAGAUCACAGCGUUCACACGGACCGACAGAUCACUAGCCGAGUCGAUCUAGCCAUGUUCAUAUCAACGCUAAUAUCUCAGAAAUUAUGUUGGGAUUACCCAUGCAGAUUCUAGGGCUUCCUGCGCAGCGCAACCAAUUACUUUGCACUCAACAACAGCUACUCUUUUGAGUUGUUGUUGUCGUCGAGGGGGCCAAACAGCUUUAGAAUGAAAUGGAGAUGCAAAGCUACUCUGGUCAUGGACCAACGACAACAACUUCAGCAACAGCGGAAAGUGCAACAGCAACUGCAGCAGUCCCAGCAGCAACAUUCACACAGCGACACUUCAGUUGUCGACUGGAAGAGGCGGCCCGGCCGGAGGUCUGGCAGCCUUUUAUUGGCUGCGACAGCAACACCAGCACCAGCAGCAACAGCAGCAACAGCAACCUCAUCCUGCCCACCAGCAACAUCAUCAUCAACGGCAGCAGCAGCACAUUCCAGUGUGCCCGGCAAGCCUUCGAUAAAGCGGAGCAGACGGCCCUCUACAGAUGCGAUGGGGAGGGUCCAUUGUCUGAAAGCUGCACGUUGAGGCUGAGGGCGCGACUGUUGCAAGUGCCGCACGAGGCGUAUGAGCAAUUUCGACUGGCAAUCAACGGGGAACUCAGUGAUAAAUCCAGUGAUAUACUUAGUGAUAGUUCGAGCUGCGAGGGGGGAGAGGAUGUUUUGCAAUGUGAGCUGGGGCUGACCCAGGAACUAUUUCUUUGUCACUUGCAGCAGCCGCAGCUGGAAGGCCUGGAGGAGGCGGAGUCCCUCUCGAACGGCAGCCUACUGGAGGCCUAUCCAAUCGAGCUGGGCAACGAACACGACGGACUCUGGUCCUUCCUCAACCUGAGCGAGCUAAUGGAAGCCGGCAACGAUACCUCUGGCAUCGUGAAUGCCACCAGCAGCAGUUUGGACAUGAUUCUGGCCAACUACACGGCCCUCACCACAACAACAGUCGCCUCCACCGCAGCCACGUCGAGCGAUAUAGGAGUUACGAAGAGCUUUCUGAACUACAGUCCCCACGGCUACGAUUGGCUGUUCCUGUUCGUGGUCUUCUUCAUCUUUGCGGGGGGCUUGGGCAACAUCCUCGUCUGCCUGGCUGUGGCCCUGGACCGGAAGCUUCAGAACGUCACCAACUACUUCCUGUUUUCCCUGGCCAUAGCCGAUCUCUUGGUCAGUCUGUUCGUGAUGCCCAUGGGUGCCAUACCCGCUUUCUUGGGUUAUUGGCCACUUGGCUUUACUUGGUGCAACAUUUAUGUGACCUGUGAUGUGCUGGCCUGUUCCUCCAGCAUCCUGCAUAUGUGCUUCAUAAGUUUGGGACGCUAUCUGGGAAUACGGAAUCCAUUGGGCUCGAGACAUCGGUCUACGAAACGAUUGGCUGGUAUUAAGAUAGCCAUUGUUUGGGUAAUGGCCAUGAUUGUAUCCAGCUCGAUAACAGUCCUGGGUCUGGUCAACGAGAAGAACAUUAUGCCCGAGCACAACGUCUGUGUAAUAAACAACCGCGCCUUCUUCGUUUUUGGAUCUCUGGUGGCAUUUUAUAUCCCCAUGCUCAUGAUGGUCACUACUUACGCACUCACCAUUCCCCUCCUCCGCAAGAAAGCACGUUUUGCCGCAGAGCAUCCGGAAAGUGAACUCUUCCGCAGGCUAGGUGGGCGCUUUACCAUAAGACCUCAGCACAGCCAGCAACAGUUGCAGGUGCACAGCAGCUUCUCCAGAGGCAAUAGCAAAUUUCUGUCAAUGAGCGACAGCAUUCGCAACUUCAACAACGCAGGACGAGGGGUUGAGGAAGGAGGUGAUGCCAGGAAAAGGUGCGUGGAGCCCGCAGAACGACCUUUGAUGCAGCAGAGAACGACGAGUAGCAGGAGCAUUGGCUCGGACAGUUUCCGCAAUGUGGCCAAUGGCAGUGGUGGAGCUGGAGGAAGUGGGUCCAAGGGAGCAGGCCCUGCCCGCAGCAGUUUCCGGUUCUCUGGAGGCGGCAUCCUGCGGCACUCCUCGUCACCCGCCUCCAGCUGCCACUCCGCCAACAAGUCGCAUUCGAGCAGCAUCUGGAGCAAACACGGAGGCAAUCCCAACCUAAUGGACAGCCAUCCGAAUCGACGGGCCUCUGUGCGUGUCAGUAUGUCUCAGCCACAACUGGGCUACCCGACAAAUGGAAGUGGCGCUGGUAAAGCGUCGGAAGGUGGAGGCGGUGGCUAUGGCUCAUCAGCUGCGACAACGAGCUGCUCGAUUCCUGGAGGCACCAGCAUGAUGAAAAUCGCCACCAUCCAGGGACCGACUCUGAACCAGAGCCAGGGAGCUGGAGGCAAUCACUCGCUGGAGCAGGUGAGGCCCACAGAUUUGAAGCCCGACGAACGACAGCGCCAGAAAAUGCGGACCUUUAAGUUUUCUUUAAACCGAGUUUCCACGCCCACUUUAAAUUUACGUUUCCUAAACAAUCGCAGCAAACGGAACAGUUUAUCGGCUAACGCGGUCGCCACGGAACAGAAGGCAACAAAGGUGCUUGGACUGGUGUUCUUCACCUUCGUUCUGUGCUGGUCGCCCUUCUUCAUCCUGAACAUCAUCUUCGCCGCGUGCCCCGAGUGCAAGGUGCCCGAGCACGUGGUGAACACCUGCCUCUGGCUGGGCUACGUUUCGUCGACGAUCAAUCCCAUCAUCUACACCAUAUUCAAUAGAACGUUCCGGGCGGCCUUUAUCCGCUUGCUCAAGUGCAACUGCGAACGGUCCGGCCGCCCGCUGCGAUACCGCUCCGUGACGGAGGGACGUGGCGCUGUGAGCCUGUGCGCCCCCUCGGCCUUGCCGCUAGCCAUAUCCUUCCAUGGGGCGCCACUGAUGACGCCAUCCACAGCGAAUGCGACGCCAUUAAGCGAGUUCCGAGGCAGCUACACAAUUACCGAUGACGAGUGCUGAGCCACAGGGACCCCCAUUCUUUUACGAAUUUAUAACGACGAAGCGGCAAAAAUCAAACGGAGUCAUCUGUAUUUACUAGCUGCUAAUCAAAGGAAACGAUAGCUUCAGGGAGAUUCAUGCUAACUUUUCCAAUAAGAAAUCACAAUCAAAUUGACGACUUAAGUAGGAACUACGAAGCUAAAUACUACACUUAAGGCUCAUCACAUAUCAUUGUACUAUAUGAAAAAAAUGCAAAAAAAAAUCGAGAAAGGAAAAUAGCAUCGCCAAGUCGAACAUUAAAAACCCUUUGCAGCUAAAACCAUCACUAGCAAUACGUGGGGAGUAUAGCGUAAGGAGCGAACGAUUCGUUUUCAGAACGAUACUUUCCCAAAAAUAAAUAUUUUUCAAGUUCAAUAACAGAAAGUUGCCUACAUCUCUUUAGAAUAUUUCUGUAAAAGCUUAAUGGUAAAAUUUCAACGAUGUUUCAUCCUAAAGUUCUUGGCGUAAACCAUUGGCUUACCUUUUUCAAAAACGCACUAAAACUUUGUGCAGAUGCUAAAAUAUAUUUAUUUUUUUCUAUACGGAAGGUUGAAAAUGUUUAUUAAUAAAAUACAAAUAUAAUUUUAAAAUACAAAAAGUAUAUCUCAGUUCUGGGUACAUUUUGAACAAAUUAGAUCGUUCAAUAUCUAGUUGACAAACAUCAACAAAAAAAAUAAUAGUUUUGUAUAUAAAAUUUAUUUUGACUGUGGAAAAGAAAAAAACAAAGAUACAUCGAUAAAAAUCUGUCGAGUUGAAUUUUUUAUUUCAAAUUGUAAUUUAACUGAUAAAAACAAUAUAAAACAAGAGAGAACGCUAUAGUCGAUGCCAUACCCGUUACUCAGUUAAGGGCAGUGCGAAGGAGAUAGAGAUAUGCAAGCAGCACACUUUAUUUAUUUUUGGCAUAGAUGGACAUUAAUAAUCAAAACAAAUUCCCAUUUGCUUUUUUCCACAAACUUCAAAAAUGAAGGCGCUUGAACGGUUUUAGCGUUAUGACUUUUGUACAAGGUACUUUUGGAAAUAUGAUAGUGCUACUUUUACAAGGGGCAAAAAAGGACCGAUAACUGUUUCUAAAGAUCUUAUGUAUGUAUACUGUAUACAUUUGACUGGCUAGGUUUUUAACAAUUCUUUGCCCUGGCACUGCUGUCACCUAUAAAUUGAAUAGGUGUGCUAAUAUCAACAGCUGCAAAAUAAAAUCGCCAAAAUGCUGCACGAAGGCGACCUGUAAAUUCAUUGUCGACCAGAUAAAAGAAAUUGACUACAGAUAUUUUGAAUAUUCGACGUGACGUGUCACGUGAGACUGGACAAGUUAGUCACCUUACCGAAUUCGUUCCGUAUUACCCUACACUCCCCUACGUAACAGAAACUAUGUAUACAUAUAAGAAUAAGAAUGUGUACAUAAAUAUUUCGAUAGUUCCUAGCAGCUAUAUGAUUUGUUUUUACCAUUUUUUUCAAAUAUUUUUUUUGUUUAAUUGCAAAGACAAUGAUAUUCUGAGUUAUACAAAUGUAUGUGUACAUAUUUGUAAAAUCAAAGAUUUGUGUAAUUUCCUUUUUAAUUUUUCCUUUCCUUUGUAUUGCAAUAACAUAACGACUAUCCUAGGAUUAUUGUAAACUCUAAAAAUAUGCCUAAUAUAUUGUUCCCAUAUGUUUUUAUUAUUUUUAUGGGAGCUAUAUGAUAUAGUGGUCUGAUCCCGAUCGUUCCUUACCGCACUUUACCAUCGUUGCAAGCUUACCCCAUGAAAGAAUUUACAAAUAGAUAUAGAAACAUAGAGUUUAAUGAUGAUUGUGUUUAACUCUUAUGUCAGUAAACUCAUUUUAGUCAUCGCUACAUAGAGCGAGUCUACAAAAAAAGGAACUGUUCAAAAAUAAACGAAAACUAUGACUUUCAUGUUAAAAA